CUUGCACUGCACACCCUGCGCAGGGCCCUGUCCGAAGGUUUGCGACUACGGGAAGGAGAAGACGAUAGAUUCGGUGACAUCGGCACAGGAGCUCCGUGGCUGCACAGUUGUUAAUGGAAGCUUGGUUAUAAAUAUCCGUGGAGGAAAUAACAUAGCAGCUGAGCUAGAAGCGAAUCUUGGCUUGAUAGAAGAAAUCUCAGGUUACCUAAAAAUCCGCCGGUCUUACGCCUUGGUUUCUCUUUCUUUUUUUCGUAAACUGCAUCUGAUUAGAGGAGAAACACUAGAAGCUGGGAAUUAUUCAUUUUACGCCUUGGACAACCAGAAUCUUCGCCAACUCUGGGACUGGGGUAAACACAACCUCACUAUUGCACGAGGCAAACUUUUCUUCCACUACAAUCCCAAACUGUGCUUGUCGGAAAUCCACAAGAUGGAGGAGAUUUCUGGGACUAAGGGGCGUCAGGAAAGGAACGACAUAGCCCUGAAGACGAACGGUGAUCAAGCUUCAUGUGAAAAUGAAUUGCUGAAAUUUUCUUCCAUUAGAACUUCUCAUGACAAGAUCCUGUUGAAGUGGGAGCCGUACUGGCCUCCCGAUUUCCGUGAUCUCCUGGGAUUUAUGCUUUUUUACAAAGAAGCUCCAUACCAGAAUGUGACGGAGUUUGAUGGCCAAGAUGCCUGUGGGUCAAAUAGCUGGACAGUCGUAGACGUUGACCCACCUCCACGCUCAAACGAGCCCAAAGCCCAGGCCCAGCCAGGCUGGCUCCUGAGGGGCUUGAAGCCGUGGACGCAGUACGCUGUGUUUGUGAAAACUCUGGUCACCUUCUCAGAUGAGCGAAGGACAUACGGAGCAAAGAGUGAAAUCAUCUACGUCCAGACCAACGCUACUGUUCCGUCAGUCCCAUUAGAUCCCAUAUCUGUUUCCAACUCUUCGUCCCAAAUCAUUCUGAAGUGGAAGCCACCCUCGGAGCCCAACGGAAACAUCACGCACUACCUGGUGUUCUGGCAGCAGCAGGCAGAAGACAGUGAGCUGUACGAACUUGAUUACUGCUUAAAAGGAUUAAAACUGCCCUCAAGGACGUGGUCUCCGCCUUUUGAAUCCGAAGACCCUCAGAAGUACAAUCAAAGUGAAAAUGAGGAUGUCAGUGGAGAAUGUUGCUCCUGUCCCAAAACCGAUUCCCAAAUACAGAAGGAGCUGGAAGAGUCUGCAUUCCGCAAGACAUUUGAGAACUACCUUCACAAUGAGGUUUUUGUCCCCAGGCCAUCAAGAAAACGAAGAGACCUCGGCUCUGUGGCAAAUGCCACUGUGGUGAUACCCACCAUCGCAUCCUCUCCAAACUAUUCUGCAGCAGCACCUGAGAACGCAGAGGAGCAGAAACCUUUUGAAAAAGUGAAGUCUAAGGAGUCUUUGGUGAUCUCGGGCCUGCGGCAUUUCACCGGCUAUCGCAUUGAGCUCCAUGCUUGUAACCAUGAUGCCCAGGAAUCCCGAUGCAGUGUCGCAGCUUACGUCAGCGCCAGGACCAUGCCGGAAGCUAAGGCUGAUGACAUCGUUGGUCCAGUUACCCAUGAGCUGGUUGAAAAAAAUGCCGUGCAUUUGAAGUGGCAGGAGCCGAAGGAGCCAAACGGUCUCAUUGUGCUGUAUGAAGUGAAUUACGGGCGUCUCGGGGAGACAGAGGAAGCUCACUACUGCGUUUCCCGUAAGCAUUUUGCCAGCGAGCAGGGCUGUAAACUCCGUGGACUGCAGCCUGGAAACUACAGUGUCCGUAUAAGAGCUACGUCACUGGCUGGAAACGGCUCGUGGACAGAACCUACCUAUUUUUAUGUCGCCGAUUAUUUGAAUGCUCAGCCUAAUAUUGCUGUUAUAAUUGUCCCGAUUAUUUUUGCCAUCAUAAUUGCUGGCAUUAUUGGAGCUGCUUACGUGCUUGUGAAAAAGAGACAAACCGAAGGACCAACUGGGCCGCUCUAUGCAUCCUCUAACCCUGAGUAUCUCAGCGCCAGCGACGUCUAUGUCCCCGAUGAAUGGGAGGUCCCACGAGACAAGAUCACUCUCCUCCGAGAGCUGGGACAGGGCUCCUUCGGCAUGGUGUACGAAGGAAUCGCCAAGGACAUAGUGAAGGGAGAGCCGGAGACUCGCGUAGCUGUGAAAACGGUUAACGAAUCGGCCAGCCUCCGCGAGCGCAUCGAGUUCUUAAACGAAGCUUCUGUGAUGAAAGGGUUCAGCUGCCAUCAUGUGGUUCGCCUCCUCGGGGUGGUCUCAAAAGGGCAACCUACUCUGGUGGUCAUGGAGCUAAUGGCACAUGGAGACUUGAAAAGUUACCUUCGCUCUUUGAGACCCGAUGCUGAGAACAACCCUGGUCGUCCGCCCCCGACCCUGAGAGAAAUGAUCCAGAUGGCUGCCGAGAUUGCCGAUGGCAUGGCCUACCUGAACGCCAAGAAGUUUGUUCACAGGGAUCUCGCGGCUCGGAACUGUAUGGUUGCAGAAGACUUCACUGUAAAGAUUGGAGACUUUGGCAUGACCAGAGAUAUCUAUGAGACGGAUUAUUACCGCAAAGGAGGCAAAGGACUGCUGCCUGUGCGGUGGAUGGCACCCGAGUCACUAAAGGAUGGUGUUUUCACUACUUAUUCCGAUGUGUGGUCGUUCGGUGUUGUCCUCUGGGAAAUAAGCAGUUUGGCAGAGCAGCCGUACCAGGGACUCUCCAACGAACAGGUGCUAAAGUUUGUGAUGGAUGGAGGAUACCUGGAUCAGCCGGACAACUGCCCAGAGAGGCUGCACAGCCUGAUGCAGAUGUGUUGGCAGUACAACCCUAAGAUGCGCCCCACCUUCAUCGAGAUCAUCGAGAUGCUGAAGGAGGACUUGCACCCCAGCUUCCACGAGGUCUCGUUCUUCUACAGCGAGGAGAACAAGCCUCUGGAAACGGAGGAGUACGAGAUGGACUUUGAGAACAUGGAGAGCAUUCCCCUCGAUCCCUCCUCGUACUCGCAGAGGGACAAAGUCCUGGGGCGGGACAAUGGACCCUCCAUGGCCCUCAAGGGGAACUACGAGGAGCACAUACCUUACACUCACAUGAACGGUGGCAAGAAAAACGGGCGGAUUCUCUCCAUGCCCAGGUCAAGUCCUUCCUAACGUUUCCUGCUUGGCCCAAGGGUUGUGUCCGCUUUUCCCCCCACCCCCCAGAUCUCAGGACUCUCGUUGCUGCCACAGUGUAUGACACACAUCGACAGACUCUUCAGAUUUUUAAUCAUCUUAUGAUUAAUACCUUUCUUUUGCCAAGUUGACUGGUUGUCAGUGGACUUAUCUGUGAACAUAAAUGGAAGAGGUUUCCAUGGCUGCUGUCCCUUCCGUAACCAUGGUUUCAAAACAGGAAGCGACCCUGUAAGUUAAACCGAAGGAGAAGCAUCCACGUUUGCCAACAGAAGACGUGAAGUUUGCUGGUAUCUGAGCUACAGCCUAACGGUGCGGAACAGAACCUCUGCAGGACAAAAGCAUUUCCAGUAGAAUUC